AUGGCUUCCGCCUGCUGCCCCGGGCCUUGCGUUCCCACGACUUCCGCCGUCUCCGUCUGUUCGAGCGAGGGCAGUUGUGGGAGCCUCGUCUGCCUGCCCGGUUCUUGCAAUGUUUCAUCGUAUGCCCUGGACAACUGCCAAGAGACCUGCUGCGAACCUCCCUGCUGCACGCCAUCCUGUUGCGUACCCAGCUGCUGCCAGCCCGCUUGCUGCAGCACGGCGUGCUGCCCACCCACCUGCCGUGUGGUUCUCCUCUGCCGGCCAGUUUGCCAGCCAGCCUGUGGCCCCAGCGUCUGCCAGUUGGGCUGCACCGAUUCUUGCUCGCCAUCUUGCUGCCAAGGCUCUUGCGGGCAAGACUCUUGCGGCCAAUCUGCCGGUUGUGAAGACUCUUGCUGCAUCCCCGUUUGCUGCAAGCCGGUCCGCUGCGUCCCCGUGUGCUGCAAGCCAGUCUGCUGCGUGUCCACCCCCUGCCCGAGUGCCUCCUGCGGAGACUCUCGCUGUGACCCCACGUGUUGCCGCCCUGCUUCCUGCGUAUCCCUCCUCUGCCGCCCAGUGUGCAGCCGCCCGGUCUGUUGCGUGCCCGUUAGCUGCAAGCCGGCUUGCUGCGACUCCAGCUGCUGUGUUCCUGCUCCCUGCCAGCCCGCUUGCUGCAGUCCCGCCUCCUGCGUCUCUCUGAUCUGCCGACCCACCUGCAGCCGGCCCGCUGGCUGUGGGGUCUCUUCCGGCCAAAAGACAGGCCCCAGGUCAGCCAGGCCAAUACCCACCGAUGCCACUCAGGAGGCCUCGCUGGUGGCCCUGGCAUCACAGCCCGUCAUACCAGCCACUGACGAUAUGGCCACCGCCUACUGCCCCGGGCCCUACGUUCCCAUGGAUUCUGCCGUGUCCAUCUGCUCUAGCGAGAGCAGCUGCAGGAGCCUCGUAUGCCUGCCCGGAUCUGGCAACAGCUCAUCGUAUGCCCUGGAUGACUGCCCAGAGACCUGCUGCGAACCUCCCUGCUGCGUGCCAUCCUGUUGCGGACCCAGCUGCUGCCAGCCCGUUUGCUGCAGCACGGUGUGCUGCCCACCCACCUGCCGCGUGGCUCUCCUCUGCCGGCCAGUUUGCCAGCCAUCCUGUGGCCCCAGCGUCUGCCAGUUGGGCUGCACCGAUUCUUGCUCACCAUCUUGCUGCCAAGACUCUUGCGGGCAAGACUCAUGCUGCCAAGAUUCUUGCGGCCAAUCUGCCGGUUGUGAAGACUCUUGCUGCAUCCCCGUUUGCUGCAAGCCGGUCCGCUGUGUCCCCGUGUGCUGCAAGCCAGUGCGCUGCGUGUCCACCCCCUGUCCGAGUGCCUCCUGCGGAGACUCUCGCUGUGACCCCACGUGCUGCCGCCCCGCUUCCUGCGUAUCCCUCCUCUGCCGCCCAGUGUGCAGCCGCCCGGUCUGUUGUGUGCCCGUCCGCUGCAAGCCGGCUUGCUGCGACUCCAGCUGCUGUGUUCCUGCUCCCUGCCAGCCCGCUUGCUGCCGUCCCGCCUCCUGCAUCUCUAUGAUCUGCCGACCCAUCUGCAGCUGGCCUGCUCGCUGUGGGGUCACUUCUGGCCAGAAGUCUUGCUGCUGA